CAAAACAAACCCGAUAGAGCUGCAGCAGCGUGUGGACUCCAUUGAAAAGUGGGCCUUAUUAUCUCAGAUACGGGAGCCUACACGAGGUCCAGCACGAAGAGGGACGUAUGUGGGGCGUCCUUAAAGCAGAGGAGCCCGAGCUCUCGGCAGGUACACGCCCCCCCAACACUAAACACAUCCACUGCUGCUGGAAAAAAACUCGACACAGCCAGAAAUUUCCAUGUGAUCUGAGACCCUAAAGCAUACAGAGACCAGACCAGACCAGACCAGGUUGAGCCCAGUUACAGACUCCCUCCCUCUCCCCCUCCCCACCCAGCCUAGCAGGCUGCAUCCACCAGCACUCUGCGAUCGUCUCCCUCAGCAGUAAUUUAUUGUGCUGAUCAGACAACCUCACACCACUGGGACCGGACAGGAGACCCAGAGGUUCCCCCCGCUGGAGCUUUAAGCUGUGCCUGGCAAUGCCUCAGCCCAGCGUCAGUGGGAUGGAGCCUCCCUUUGGGGACGCCUUUCAGAACUACUCAUUUGCUGACCAGGCCCUGACCAGCACUGAGCUGCUUGCCACCAGCUCUGACCCAGAUUUCAUGUACGAAUUGGACAGAGACAUGACCCACCGGCAGAGCCCCUGUGGGGACAGCGUGGUGGGGGUCGGGGACGGAGGAAAGGAGAUGGAGGGCUGUGUGGAUCAGCUCAUGGGUUUAGGCGAGUGUGAGACAGUCUACAGCAGCUCAGCGUUUGAACAGUGGGACACCUACUGGGAAGACCUCACCAGAUACACACGGCUGGCCAGCUGUGACAUCUGGGGAACCAAAGAGGUGGAUUUCCUUGGAUUGGAUGACUUCUCUAGUCCCUACCAGGAUGAGGAAGUGAUUAGUCGAACCCCGACACUGGCUCAACUCAACAGCGAGGAUUCACAGCCUGUGUGUGAGGCGCUCUACCCCCCUGCUGACUUGACCCUGCCUGCCCCCCAGCCUCAGCCUCAGUCCUCCCAGUUUCCCUGUCACAGUAAGAGACCCCUGGUCCCCGGCCAAGGAUUUGGCCCCGGCUCUGCACGGCCUUCCCCAAGCUCCACGUCCUCAUCUCGUCCAUCCCACAGUCUUCUGCCAGACUUCCCUGAAAGCUCCCAAAAAGCCACCAGGCCUGUCCCCUCCAGCACUGAGACUAUGGCUAAGACCCAGAACCACCUCAGUCUCACCCAGGACCAUGGCCAAGCUCAAAGCAAGUCCCAGGGGCGAGGAACCAAGAUGGUAGCCCCAACUUCCCAUGGCUCUGACUUUGUGCGGAAGGCUAAAGUCCGUGUGAGUGCUGUGCAUAAAGCUCAACCCGACAUACCCUCCCAGACAGAUUUUGAGAGGCCAGAUCCACCUCUACCUCUCUCCCAGCCCCAAGAUGAAAAGGCUUCCACUUCAGCUAGCGCCACCUUGGUGGGACUUCCUGGCGCUGCUGCCAGUGGCUCCAGCAGCCUGACGAGCUUUGAGAGGAGGGCCGAGGGGAUGGCGAGGAGAGAGAUGCCUAUAGGCUGGCCGUCUGCCACCGUGCCUCAACUAGUGGAGGCGAGCCAAGCCCUGGAGGGCAGCACCUCUGGGCUGGUGAACAGCGGCGAUAGUGUGGCAGGGGCAAGCGGUGGCGUUCUGGUUGUUGAGGGCACGGAGAAGAGCAAGGAGGAGGAACACAACUACUCUCUGUUCCUGACCCGCAGCAGACUGGCCAGCAGAGCCCACUCCCAGCUGGAGGAGGAUGAGGAAGAGGAGGACGAGGAAGAGGUGGAGGAGGAGGAAGGCGACGGGCUGGAGCUAGAUGACGAAGACCACGAUGAGGGUUUUGGCAGUGAGCACGAGUUGUCUGAGAAUGAGGAGGAGGAAGAAGAGGAGGAGGAUGAAGACUACGAAGCAGACAAGGAUGAUGACAUGAGCGACGCCUUCUCUGAGCCAGGCUGUGACAUGGAGCUGAUGGAGGAUAUUAAAGGCCUGACAGCAGGAGUCUCCAGCCGGAAGAGAGGCAAGCGCCGCUACUUCUGGGAGUACAGCGAGCAGCUCACCCCCUCUAAACAGGAACGUAUGCUUAAGCCGUCUGAGUGGGACAGACACACGCUGCCUAGCAACCUGUACCAGAAGAACGGGCCUCUCCAUGGAAAGUACAUGCUGAAGAAGUCACGUCGCACGGAUGUGGAGGAUCUGACUCCCAAUCCACGCAAGCUGCUUCAGAUCGGCACCGAGCUCCGCAAACUGAACAAGGUGAUCAGCGACUUGACACCGGUCAGCGAGCUGCCGCUGACCGCACGACCCCGGUCCCGCAAGGAGAAGAACAAGCUGGCGUCCAGAGCUUGUCGUUUAAAAAAGAAGGCCCAGUAUGAAGCAAACAAGGUGAAGCUCUGGGGACUCAGCACAGAGUACGAUCGGCUGCUGUUUGUGAUCAAUGCCAUCAAGGAGGAGAUUGUGGUGCGAGUUGAGGACUCUUCUCCGCGUCCAACCAACAUGACUGACACUCUGGAGCGGCUCAUCCAGGAAACACUUGUGGCAUCACCAGUUGCCGGGCAGACAUCCGACUUUGUCAACAAGAUCUUGGAGAACACAGGACGCGGCGAUCCCACCGGUGGACUGGUCGGCCUGCGAGUCCCCACCUCCAAAAUCUAGACAAACCGCGGUCCACUGAGAGGAGUGGACUAAACAUUACCACCGUGCUGUCCCAUUGUAACUAUGCUCCCCUCUGCAUGCCCCUCCAACCCCGAGCACAUACACAUUGUUAGUCACACAAACACACAUACCACUCCCUGUGUGUAUGUAUGUGUGCUUGUUUAUAGCCAUGCACCUGUAGGGCAUACACCCUAGCUUCCUGUCUCUGCACAGUGUGCAGAGUCAGUGCGUCACUGUCUCCCAACCCAUCGUGAGCAUCUGUUGGGAAAUGCGCCUCUAAAAGCAAGUGAUGGUUAGGUGUAUAGAUAAUAGCACGUCCUAAAUCCAAUGGUGAUUUUUAGAAAUGUUUAACAUAGUAUUGUGUUGGGUCAGUUCGGUUGGAGGUCUGCUUCCUGGGCUGAGACAAAGACAGUCACACGAGUGCAACCACUGGAAUACUUUCACACAAUUUGUUUGAGGUUGUGAUGACAGAGGAAGAACUGUUACACGUCGGACACCAUCAGAGGUUCCAGUUAUCAUUUCCUAGAAGAGAUUCACCUCACAUGGCAACAAAAGAUUAACUCCAGGAUGUUAAAUUGACCCGCUGACUAAAGCACUUCGAUGGAAACGACUUUGUUUGCCAAGACAGCUGCGGAGAAAAAAAAAAAAGCAGCGUUCUCCGAGGCGUUAUGGGGUGGCAGGAAAUAUUUUGUAUUGAAGGCCUAAAUAUAUUCAUGCCAUCCCCCGUUUGCCAAUCAGCUCUGCUAUUCUUAAAAUGUAGGAGUUAACAAAAAGCAAAUUAAUGCUCUAAACAUAAAAGCAGUAGAAGCUGAAAGUUAAGAUUUCAAAGAUCCUGCUGGGUUGAAGUUUGUGGCAGGCAGGACGAAGCUUAAUGGCUGAUUUUGACAACGUUGACUUAUACAACAGGAGGUAGUUGACCAUGUGGAGAGGAAGCGCGUGUGGUUUGGUGCUUUUUGGCCUUGUGCUGGAUAUAACUGGACUGGGUGAAACAGGCACUUUGCCAGUUUGGGAGCAGACUGUGAGGAAGAUUAUGGUGGUGAUGAAGAAAACACGAACAGUGAUCCAUCUCCUCUAGGAAUCUGUACAUAGAAGUGUCUCCCAGUGAAAAACGGCACCGGCUCCCCUUUUUGUACAGUAGAGAUGACCAGGCUAACAGUUUGGUGUGUUCAUACUAGUGUUUGAUCAGAGUUCUAUUCAUUGUGCCUUGUUUAUGUAUGUGUGUGUUUCUGUAAGUCUGAGUGAGUGUGUGUGUGUGUGUGUGUUUGUUUGUGUGUGUGUGUGUGUGUGUGUGUGUGUGAGAGGGACUGAACGGGAAGAGGUGAUUGGUCAGAACUCCCUGAGGUCCAGCCAAGGAGAGGACUACUUUACACUGAGGGAGAUUGCUAGUGAAUGCGAGGUGGGAGACACCUGUUGGGUUUGUGGUGUAUUUCAGUCGUUUAAAGAUAUUCUGAAUGUACAUAAAACAAAUGGAAGCUCUCGUUGCGUGAUGCCACAGAGUCUGUGUAUAUAGGAGGGCUCUGCAAUAGAUUACUUAUGGUUUUUGGUACUCUGUCUUUGGGGAUCAGGGGAGGGUUACCUGAUAUUUUCGUUUAGAGUUACAAAAGAUAUUUGCACACUAUAUUUUGAUUGUUUUUUGUACCAAAGACACAUGCAACGAAACGGCGACCAGCCAGUUAAAGUAAGGUUUUGCACAGCUUACCUGACGCCGUAUUGAAUGUAAGAAAUGUGGGAGGGUCAGGGAACUUCAUAGAACUGUGAAAUUAGCUUGGGUCCAAUUCUGUACAGAAAAGGAACAUUCAUUCAUUCUUUUUCUUUUUUUUUUUAAAUCUAAAAUUUUACCCCAUCUGUGGGCUUCUCCAGUAAAUUUGUUGCUUAGGAAGCACUUCAUUCCUGAACUGAUUCCUCUCUCCACAUGCUAAUUGUGUUAAUGGCUCUAUCUAGGACAAAAACCAAGAGCACUAGUAGAUAAGCUAUGUUACAUUAUUGCUUGUUUGUCAAAAUGUCACCAACAAUAACCAAAAUGUUAUGUUCCUGUAUCACUUGUUUGAUUUCUGUAUGUAGAAGAGGUCUAGUUCAUCAUCAAAAUAUUAACUGAAUUGUGUUUUAAAGUACUGUAUAUAGAAACAUUAAUGAUAUAUCUAUCAAUGGUGAAAUGCCACUUUUCAUGACAAUUGAUUAAUUUUUAAGCAUGACACAUUUCUAAAGCCUUUCCUUGCAUCGAGAAAAGUAGAGCAAAACCAGAAAAACCAAAAAAAAAAAAAAAAAAAAAAGUUCUUGUUAUAUUUUUGUAUUUUAGCUGCCUGCUAGCUUUCCUGUUGGUUUUCAUCGGCCAGAUUCUCCAGGUGGAGAGAAGGAGAUGUGGAGGAAGGGAGGAGAAAGAUCUUAAAAAUGCAGCCAGUGAAUCUGAUAGUUUAAAGUGACACUUUGACCCCUUCGGUCUCCUUUGCUGGCUGAGUGAAAUAUGGAGAAUCAGGAUUGGAUUUAUUUAAAACACAAUGCAGCAAAGCCAUGGUCUAGUUUGAGGUCUAGUCUAUAAAGAGAAUGAGGACAGGCUGUCUUUAGUGCAGACAGGGACAUGUCCAGUAAAGCAAGAAACUCAGAGGACAACAGUGGGGAGAUGAGGAACCAUAGACGCUGUAAGAAAGCCAAAGCCAUUUGAAUCUGUCCCAGACUGAUCUGGAUUCAGCACUGUGUGCUGUCAUUCAGAUUUUCACAUAUAUUCCCUUUUUAACCGUGAAGCUGGUUGAAUUUUUUUAUUUCCAGGGAUUGGCGUUGCUUUCUCUGAGGUUGAAACUGCUGAAUUUUAUCUGCCUGGCCUCGCCUUUGGUCCUCAGCAUAAGUUUGUUCACCAAAACACAGAGUUACAAAUUGGCAGCGUGUCCAACCUUUAACAAUGCAUGAUGCUUGUAUGCUUCCCUCCCCGCUGCCUGCUCCGAAGAAACACUGCCAUCCCUCGAAAUUUUUAAAAUUCAGCCAGAAGUCAGUCGGUUAGUAAGGAAAUAUAACGAGAAAUAAGAGUUUGACGAGGCUGAAUUCAGGUUUGAGUGAAGUGAAGAACGUAUUCCUUCACGGAAUGAUGUCUGAUGGUGAUGCAGAGCUGUGGUCUUUCUGUAUCGUGUGACUGAAUAACAGCUAGUGCUACAUAUAUAUAUAUAUACAUAUAUAUAUAUAUAUAUAUAUAUAUAUAUAUAUAUAUAUUUUUAUUGUUUUCUGUUUCGUCUAAAAAGGGAGAAAUGGUGCUUUUUCUGAAACUAGAACGAUGAGUAUCCAUGAUUCUUAUUUCACUUCUUAGUCCAGUUGUAGCCUAAUGACUUGCUCUCCCCUACCGUCCAUAGCUAUUUUCUUAGUAGUGAUUAAUUUUUGUAUAUAGACUAUGAGUUAAUAUGUAUCUUCUAAAUGUUAGAUAUAUGUAUAGAAUACUAUAUCUUAUAUGUUUGAAAACAAAAGCACUUUGUCCAAAAAAGGAAAAAAAAAACAAAAAGAAAAGCAUUUUUUUCUUCCAUUUGCUGCUAAAAGGCCUGGUGUGAAUGCUGCAAGUGUACUUGAUGACUACUUGCUAGGAUAGGUCUAUUACCUGACUUGGCUGGGUCUAAAAACUAGCAAGAAAAACGUGUAUAGGUGUGUGGCCUGAUGAGGGUUAGAUCUAAAUGUUUCCGGAGCCAUGUAAUGAUAUGAGGUAUUGUAUAAGAGCGUAUCAUUGCUAGGCUUUGAGAAGCCCACUGUCUUGACGGGAUAAGUCUAUUUCCUGUUCAGGGACUGUGUGGAUAGUGUGUUUGUGGUCUUAAAAAAAAAAAACACAAAAAAACAAAAAAAAGAGGGUUUUGAUUCCAGGGCCCCUACAUUGAUCCUGAUGCUGACCCCCUUGGCGUCAUGAUUCAUUUGCCUUCAGUAGAGGUUUCCUAUGGAAAAACUGAUUCUGCUUUGGCUUCCUCUUCAGGGUGAUGUACAGUGUAGACACAUUUCUCCAGAGAGCUAUAUUGUUAUCAUUUGUAAACUGAUUUCUACUUGUGACUUAAUGAGGAGGGGUUUAGCCUGGGGCGGCCAGGAAGAGCUCGUUUGAAAGAUGUUGUUCCCGGCCGCCUUGGGGGAAGUUACUAUAUCACUGUACUGUAUGGCAAGCCAAUUACAAAUGAAGACUCAAUCCGGACACUUAUUGCCUUCUUAAAUAACUUCGCAUACACACAAAUAAAAACAAUAACAUGGCAGACAGGUCAGUCACCAAGGGUUGUGCCUGAGGUUUAUGACAUUGUUCUGCCACUAUACAGUCAACAACAACAACAACAACAACAACAACAAAACCAUUCAGCCUGAUAGGCUCAAAACAACCUUGACUGAAGUAGCAGACAUGGUGAAAUAUAUCUGAAAAUGGCUUCAAAAGUUCAAACUACUUGUGCUCACUCGUAUCCUUUGGGACGAUGUUUGAUGCAUUUUUUCAGCUAUAUUUUUGCCCAGGUCUGGUAGGGGGUCAACAGUGGUUAAAGGGCUGCUGGUUGACGGCCGGCUGACAAGAGAAGAACGUGUGUUUUGUUGUCGAUCACAUGGCUGGUUCAAGAGAGAGUCCUCACAGGUUUUUACAUUUAACAUGAUAGGCGCAAGCUGUGCAACUUUACAUUCAAACCAGGAGACUCUGUGGCAUUUUAACAGUCAAGGAAAUGAGUGAAAAUCCACGCCAGUAAACCUAUUCCUUUAUUCUUUUUAUUUCUGAUGAUUCUGAUAAAUCCUAUUCAGUCAACUAUUAAGCUAAUAGAGUGUGUAACUUUGUGCUACUCUUGUCCAAUAAAAGCUAAGUGGAUCCAUAAAGCUCUUCUUCAGCAAAUCAGGGUAAUAUCGUUCUUCUAUCUGACAUAUGUGAUGACAUAUAAAAUCAAAAGAAAAUAUAUUUAUGUAUUCCAAUUAUUGUCGCCAUUCUUUACUCUGUACAAAAUAUUGUGCGUGCGUGUGUGUGUGUGUGUUAUGAAUUAUCAAUGUCAAUCAAUAUGGUGCAAUGAUCUCUACACAAACUGAAAAAAAAAGGCCAACAGACUUGUCACAAGAAUUCACACAGGUUUUCUGCUUUCUCCAGAUCCGUACUCAAACAAACACAAACAUUUUCCUUUCACGAAGGAUUUGACUCUGAUUUCCAGCCGUAGUCCAACUGGGGUUUUGUCACGUGGUGCUGAUUACUUUUCUAUAUCCGAGAACUAAUCCAAGAAUGAAAACUGGCAUCUGUAUUUAGAUCCACUCACAGACAACAUUGUUCAUCUGAUUAUUGUCCAAUAACUUAUCAGACAGAGACCCCCACCCCCCCCUCAAUCAUUUUUCACUGAUCUGACUGUCGAUUAAUAGCAUGAUUUCCCUGUUGGACCAAUCAGAAGAAGAUUCACUCUGAUUCUUGCUCUAAACAACAACAGAUGGGUGAUUUCUGUAUUAAUGACUUGUUUGAUCGUUAUCGUUAAGCGUACUGUUACUUUUUGUAAAAGCCAGACUCCUGGAUUUGACACCACUACACAAAAAUGAUGGCGGAUAUUUAUUCCGUUUGAGAGGUUCAAAAUAUUCACCAUAACUGCAAAAUGAUACACAUAUUCUGGUGCAUUAGGAUACUGCUGUUGUUGCCAUGAUAGAAUAAUUUGAUGCAAAUGCAACAUGGUGGUAUAUAUUCAAUUUGCAUAUUCAACCAUCUCCAGAGGAAAUAUUCGGUAACCCUUUGUUUUACAGUCUAAUUUUUGAAUAAUUUCUAAGAGGUUUCCAUGAGAGAACUGCACCAUUUCGAACAAGGAAAAAUAGGGAGGGUGUUAAAUUGAUAUAGUUCCAGUUAAUUAAUUCGUUAGGCAGUGAAAGCAGGUCAGCUGAACAUGCCAAACAUACUAAAUUUGUCCACAUGCAAACAUAAUUGAAAUUUAUCAACCAGUUAGUAUUUCUAUUUAAAAAAAUAAAAAGGUAAUCUGCUCUACAGAGCGUUUUAGCACCUUUCAGCCCAUUGUUUUGGUUUAUUGGCAGCAACUUCAUAGUUUUGCUUCUCUCUCUGCUCUCGUCUGCGUUGUCUGUUUAGCAAACACAGUUAGCAUCUAGCUGGUGAGCAUAGUGUGAGUGUAGCAGCUAAAGAGCCAGAUAUUUCCCUCAGGAGUUAUGAAAAAACUGAGCUAAAAGAGAGUGAAAAUUUGACUUGCAUUCAUCAUGUGGCCAGAAACACGACUCCAAAUGAAAGAUGUUUACUAAGAUGUUCAGCGUAACAAGUUUAAUGAGGUGAUAAUAUGUCAGUGUUGUGUUUACAGUGUGUUGAGGCUGUAAUGGAGCAGUUCUUUCAAAAAUUUUCCUAAUUUCCCUACAACCACUACCAAAAUACUUACAGUACUUGUUAUGAAAUUCUGCAUCUGUAAAAUACGUUUUACCAAAUAUUUUUGAUAAAUUGGAUUUAUAAAAAAAAAAAACCCCCAAAACAAAACAGAAGCUAGAAACAAGCUGACCUCCUGCUGGCUGUGAUGUCAGAGCUCUGAGUCUGGCUUUGAGUGUCUUUCGAGACAUUUCAAUUGUUUUCCUGUCUUGUUCAAACCCUUGUUGCUUGUAAAAACACCUCAUCUCCAGAGGCUGUACGCUUACUACCCUCCACAUUUUUCUCUGUGUAAAUUAGAUACAUACAGAAAUGUACUCACAUGCAUUUGGAAUUGAUGUUUCUGCAUGCCGGUUCCCUGCAUAGAACUGAGAGAAUCAAGUGACGUCUGGAGUUCUUUGCAGAUUGGGAAAUAAUUUGGCCAAUCGUCAGAAAGUGUAUUCAUCGUCACAAGGUUGUUGCACGACUUUUUGGCUCACUGUACUCUCAAGUCGAAUGAUUUCAUACUCGCUGCUAUUGAAUGAGCACAAAGAGACUUUAGAUUUUGGUUUAGGGUGUCGAUGACACAAUAACAGUAUAUUAUUGCCACCACACACACCCCUGAUUUUCUUCACACACUUUUUUUCAAAAAAAGACCAACAGCAUUACUCACCUUGCGCUUGGUUUUUACAUUUACAAUGAAAAAAAAUAUUUUGAAUAUGAUGCCUGCUGAACCAGGUGCCUUAAUCAAAUAUAUGAGAACACAAAUCUGCACCUUCUUUCAGUCUGGAGGGGGUUUCCCUACAGAAACAAUGGGCUGGGUUUCCCAAAACCUAAACUUGAAGUACAACAAUGAAAUGAAAACCUCACUUUAUCCCCAGAUCAAUACAGUUCGUAUAAUAAUCAGCCUUUAACCGCGGAUAAAGGUGUUUGCCUUUUGGAUAGAAAAAUUAACUCUGCAUGGGAGUUCCCUUUUGAAGUAAUACUGAAGAAGAGCAUAAAUGACAACUUUUAAACUAAACUGAUGUUGUUUUGGGAAACCGGGGUCUGUUUUGAACUCUUUCUCUGCCCACUAUGCCACGUUAUUGUGUUUUUCUGUAUUGGCUGCUGCUGCUAUCACCGCUGGUGUGUCCAUGUAGAGAAGAGCAGACUUCCACUGUGUCUGAGGCAGAGGGAGACUCGGGCCUGCUUUUUACCUAGUCAAUUACAAUGCAUUCUUCUUCUUCUUCUUCUUCGGUUUCGACACGGAGCACUGUGUUGCUGCCUCUUGUGACCUUUUUGAGAAAGGAAAAAAAACAAAAAACAAAACAAACAAAACACACACACACACAACAGAACUUUCCGUUUCUUAACUUUGCUAUUAAGAAGUGCCAGACCCUCCUUGAAGUCAGUGUUGGCACUGAGUCGCAGGUUGCGAAUGAAGCGACAAACUGAGCAUGGAGGUAAACUGUGGUGCUAAUCUGUCAGUGGCUGGGUGCUAACAUGGCUGUGUUAAAAAGCUGUAUUAGCCAUAUUAUUCCUUCUGUUGAUGACUCUGGUCAGUCUUGUGUUUCUGACUGCUGCACUGCUGUAUGCUGACAUAGCGAGGUAUAACUCUGCUGCUGCUUUGCUGAUAAAUGUAGACUAGUCUUCUUGUUGUCAGGAUCCAGAAAGAUCAUGAAUGUUGUAUCUUUAUACGGCCGCUGUCCUGCUUGUAUUGUUAAACCUUUUUUAUUAAUAUUAUGGUUUGAUAUUUAUGCUCUGACUCUGUCAAAUGUUGCACGUUUGAAUUUUUUUUUCCUAAAUUAUAUUUUAUUGCCUUUUUUCCCUGAUCCCAGUGUUCAUGCCAUUUGUUUGAUAUUUAUUUGUUGAGUCCUGUAAAUUAACAUGUAAGGAGACAAUUUGUUUAAAGUAGACUUUAUAGCUUUUCCACUGAAGCAGGCUUUGCCACGAGUCAGAGACUUCACAUGAGAUUCACAGACACCAGUUACAGUCACAGUGAAACAUAACGUGAUGUCAUUGACUUUGACAAUAUAUAAAUAAUAACUACAACAGGUAUUUUCUCGUAUUUUCACAUAAAAAUGUUGUUAGAUUUACUCAGAGUACAUCUGUGCAAUCCUGCUACUGCACAUUGCAAAUUGCCGUCGCACAUGCAAAUGGUGAAAGACAAUCAUUAAUUAAUAUUUAAGUAGACAUUAAAAUAAAUAGAUUGGAUUGUAAAACAAUGAAUAGACACUUUGACGAGGCAUUGAGCGGUUGGUCGGAUAAAACAAGUCAACUGAAGACGUCGACUUAGGCUCUGUGAAACUAUAACAGGCAUUUUUUGUAUAUAAAAUAAAUAACUAAUUAAUUAAGAAAAUAAUUGGCCAAUUAAUCGAUAAAGAAAAAAAUAGUUAAUUGCAGCCCUAAAUCAGUUCAAAGAUUUAUUUAUAAAUAAUUAAAUAAAUCAAUAGCUACAAUAAUUUAGAUACAUUUCAAUUAAAAUGUGUAAAAUCAUAAGAAAAUGCCACUAAAAUGAAAGACUUGGAGCUUUUAAUACGGGCAUUAAAAAGUUUCAGGUCGGAGGAAAUUGCUCCACAUGCUAAAGUGAACAUUUGACCUUUCGGACAAUAUAUUUUGCACUUUUUUUUGCCAAGAGUUGCAUGAGAAGAUUGAUUCCUUUCUCAUGUCUGUACAGUAAAUAUGAAGCCACUGCCAACAGCAAGUUAUCUUAGCUUAGCAUAAACACUAGAAACAAGUUUUCUUGAUGCAGACUGAAUCUAAGAUGAAUAGGCUAAAAGCAACACCAGAUGUGUCUAAAAACAAAAAAUUAAUUUUAAGUCAUUGGAAUAAUUUGAAAGAGUUUCGUUGCGACUGAGUAAUUGUUGUCUGUGAACCCCAUGAAGCGUUCUGUCAUUGGAGGUUUGACGCGGUCAGAAGGGGCAGUAAAACCCUAAACCAGGCUCGCUGAGUCAGCAAACACAACCUCCCCUUGACACAACUCUUCUUUUGUCUUGACUCCUCUGGGCUGAGGUUCGGAUGCUCCACAGCCUUGGAGCUCUGGUAAGGAGUCGGCUCGCCUGCUCUCUCUAUCUUUGGUGGGGAAAUUUGAAAAUUCGAUCACAAUCAUUUGAUCGAGUUUUCUGGGAAAACUUCACCACUGCGCCAGAUGAUGUUUAAGCCCCUUUUCUGGGUGCUUUUUUUGUUGUUGUUGUUUUUUCAGAAGGGCUUUGGUUUGCAGUUGUCUCGUCAGGGAGCUCCUGAGAUUAGGGUCUCUAAAGGCUGGUGGGCAGAGACCCCUUACCCUCCUCUGCAAUGAAUUAUGGGGAGGGGUUUCAUUUCCUCUUCUGCAGACUGAUCUGAUUAAAGCAAAUGACAACAACCCACCCUUGAUAAUAAAAACAAAACCCCUCUUUCUAUAUUUACACACGUCCAACUCAUCCAACACCGCAAUGAUUUACAUCUCCUUCCAGACUUGCCAAAAUGCAUUGGGCGAGAGACAUUUAUCAAAAAUCUAAUGUUUAUCCUGAAACAUCUGUUCUGUUUUCUUUUCUUUUUUUUUCACUUUUGAUAAUAACGACAGACAGUAAGAAGAUUUUAUAGGAAAUCCAUACAAGUCCAAACAUGUAGAGGAUGUGUGAGGUAUCGGUCAUGCUGAGCUCCACAGCUACAUGCCAUUGUUAUGAUGCUUCUGGUCUUGUAUGGUAACUUAUUUGACUAGAUCAACAGCAUGGGAUCUUUCUGUAGUUAGUCCUGUGUGUGUUCCUCUCACCAGUCUCAGUAGGAAGGCUGUACUUCAUUGCUAAGUGCUCUAUAAUAGAUCUCUUGGUGAUUAUAAUUUCAUAAAGAAGCAAAACCUGCAGAAAGUGUAUCCUGCUGAAACUAACUUGAUCCUCUCUUUAGCAAUGACGUCUAUAUUUGUAGUUCACAUAUAUGCCUGUUCAAAUACAAUAUCUUGACAGUUGUUAUAUUUAUGUUGUGUAAUAAAUGUCGUGCUGGGUUUAUACUUUUGUUUUAACUAACUUUUUCUUUUACAUGGUUUUUUUUUUUUUCUUGGAGGCACAUUGGGUGGUUUUAUGCACAGGCAUGAAAAUGUUCAAAAUGUUUUUUUGUUUUGGUUUGUACUGUAACAGCUCAUUCUGUUUCAGAGCUUCUGACAGUUUUUGUCUCUGGCUGCUCCACAUCCUGCAGACACCUGCCCUGAAUCUCUGUUGUGUUUUUGUGCCUCUCUCUCUCUUUCUUUUUCUUUCUUUCUUAUUUUUUUUUUCUUUUGAAAUAAUUCUUUCUCUGUUGUAUCAGCCAGGAGUUGGUACCACAGCUUUGCUUGUAACCACAAUAGUCUGAUUAUGUUUAUUGAUUUUAAUAUCAAAAUAAUAAAACCAUUAGCACCCCA